AUGCGGGCGGAUUUUUUGAAGCGUCUGAUGGACGUACGGGAGCUGACGAGCUUCGCACAGUACAUUGACGGUCAUUGGCUUAACGGCCGAUUCUCUACCUGGCAGCUCUAUUGGACUCCCACCGGUUUCGCAUCUACGAACAACCCGGUGGAGACCUUUAACGCUGUGGUGAAGCGCGAUUACACCCUUCGGCGUCGACUGAAAAUGGGAGCGUUGCUACAGGAGCUGAGCAACUGCUGUCGGGAUAAAUCUGCGAGCGAGAGAGUCUUCAACCUGGGGAUCGUUGCAGCUCAAACCCUCGUACGCAGGGUCUCCGAGAUGAUCCGCGCGAAGCUUAUCUACGAGGGCGAACGCGAUCUAGGCGAUAUCCCGACCGCUGGACUCAUACGUGUGAUUUCACCUCCAGCUAAACGCAUCCAAGUAUCCACCAACAAACGCAGCGAGGAAGGUAUCGCUGUGAGUGCCCAGAUGGGCGUAAAUUACGCCAGGAUGAAGUUCGAGGGGCAGCCGUACGGUGGAUGGGUCAUCGACACCGCCCAUAUGUGGUGUCGAUGUAGCUACUGGUUCGGCUUUGGCGCGUGUGUGCAUGUCCUAUUCGCGCAGCGUACACUCGAGUAUCCGGACUCUGCUGGACGGGAAAUUUUAGUUACGCGCGGUAAACACAGGAGCGGUACGGUCGGUCCGAGCUACCGUGACGAUCAACGUGGUGGCCGCCCACUUGGCGUUGGUCCUGCGCUGACUUAUUGA